AUGAAAGGAAAGAUAAUGACUUCUUUUUUUAAUUUUUCUGUGUUUAUAAUUUUCAUAUGGAUAAAUAAACCGCACAAUAAUUUGUACAACUUUGGUAAAACUGGAAAAACGUUAUACAAUGUUGAAAGGAUAUCAGAUAUAAGAUAUAAUAGAUCACUGGCAAAACACGUACCUAAUAAGGAAUUUGAUCGAUCCAGAAUAAGAGAUAAAUUAUUAGAAAAGAAUUCGUAUAACAAUGUGAAAUGUGCUGCAGAAGAUUUGUCAAAAUAUUCACAGGUCAAGAAAAAGGAAUUAAACGAUUUAGACUUAUAUAGGAAACAUUAUAGUAACAGGUAUUCUAAAAAGAAGGUUUUAAGAAAAUUUGAUUAUAAGUGUGAAAAGAAAAUAUUUGAUAAACUUGAUCAUAUACAAAUGCUUGCGGAGAGAUUAAAGAAUGAUAACAAGUCAUUUAACAGAAAAGUCAGCAAAAUAUUUGGUAGUCGUCUUAUUUUAUUUGUAUUAGUGCCAGUUCUUGGAUUAAUAAUACCUUUAUUAUUUAAUAAAUAUAGUCCUAUAUCACAACACAUGUGCAUGGAUGGUUGCAUUUCGCAUGGUAGUGGUACCAGUACUAGUCAUCAUGGUAAUCAUGUUACAAAUGUUCCCAUAAAUAAGAAUACAUUGGGAGUAAUUACACAGGUGAGUGAUAUUUUUUGGUACAUAUCAUCUGUUGUUGUUCUUUUGGUGCUUAUAUAUAUAUUUGUAAAAUUUAUGAAGUACAAAAAAUUAAAAGGAGGUAGAUAUAAAUGA